UUGUCUUCAGAUGUUGAUGUAAACACGAGCAUAUGCUGCGUGGAUUUUACCAUGCUUUCAAAAAUAAUAUUUAAUCAUUAGUGUAAUACAUUUUAUUACAUGGUAUAAUCGUAUUAAAUGUGCGAUGCAGUGAUACAGUUUUACGCAUUUUAAUGAGAAGGAAAUAAUAUAAUUGGUUAGGUUAGAUUAAAUUAAUCAAAAUAAGCUGCUGUGAUGAUGUAUUUAAUAUAACAGUAUUAAUUUAACGAAUGUGCAGCUAUUGAAGUUAAAUGACAUUUGUGGACACAUUUUUAAAGUAAUCAUGAGUCUCAUAUCUCAUCUCAAUUACAUGAAAUCAAACUACAAAAUGUUUAUGUAUUCCACAUUAACGUUAUUUAUUACAAGUACUAUAUUACUGUUCUUAUAUCUCAAUCGUAUUCAACCACAUUAUUUCAUCGAUGAAGCUUUUCAUAUACCGCAGACAAUACAAUACUGUGCGUGGGAUUUUACGCAGUGGGACCCAAAAAUCACUACAUUGCCAGGAUUGUAUCUUAUUACAACUGUGAUAUUAUCACCUUUUAAUAUGUGCAAUAUUACAUACAUAAGAUGUAUAAAUUUAUUUGGAACGUUCCUAAAUCUUUAUCUUAUUUAUAAUAUUAUAAAGGAAAAUUGCAAAUUUAAUGAAACAGAGCGGUGGAAUAAUUGGUUGAUACUUACGCUGGCCUACAAUAUUACCCUUUUUCCACCAUUAUACUUUUGGUGCUUUUUUUAUUAUACAGAUGUUAUAUCUGUAAAUAUAGUACUCGUAAUGUUGUUUCUGCACCAACGUAAGCACAUAAAAAUGACAGCAUUUGCAGGUUUAAUAGCUGUACUUGUUCGUCAAACAAAUAUCAUUUGGCUUGGCUUCCUUACUGUAGAACAUGCGUUAGAUAUAUUUGGUAAUAAGAUGGAACAGCCAGUCUCACCACAAGUGCUCAAUACUCCAUUGCACUUUCGUUUGUUAUGGAAGCAGAUAAUGUACGAGUUACGCAAGGGGCCGUUAUCCUUUAUCAAAUUUAUUGUAGAAGAAUGUCAUAGUCUAUUUCUUUAUAUAAUGGUGUGCUUGAUGUUUGUCGCCUUCGUCGUGUGGAAUAAAGGCAUAGUAAUCGGCGAUCGAACCGCCCACGUCGCAACGAUUCACGUUUGUCAGAUAUUCUAUUUUUCGGCUUUCGUCUCUCUAUUUUCGUGGCCGUACGUGAUGCCUCAUUGGCGAACAUGUUUGCAUUUUCUUCGCCGAUACUGGAUUUUCGCCAGUUGCGUCGUUGUAUUAAUGGCCACGGUGAUUCAUUUUAAAACACUCGUUCACCCCUAUGUUUUGGCCGAUAAUCGACAUUAUUUAUUCUACGUAUGGAAUCGAUUCAUGGGCCGAUACGCGAUGUUCAAGUAUUUGUUGAUACCGGUUUACUUCGCGAGUCUAUUCGCCAUAUCGCGAAAUAUCAGUCAUUUGAGAUUUCUUACACAGAUUAAUUAUAUUAUUUGCGUAUGCAUGAUUCUGAUACCUCAGUUACUAGUAGAACCACGUUACUUUAUUCUUCCUUACAUUUUUUAUCGCUUAAAUAUGAAAAGGCCGGAAAAAUGGCAGAUUUACUUAGAAUCGCUCACGACUUGUACAAUUAAUUUUUUGCAAUUUUUUAUUUUCUCUAAUAAAGUGUUCUACUGGGAGGAUCAGCUUUAUGCCCAACGAAUUUCUUGGUGAUAUUUAACAUGAAAACGAAUGUGCAUAAUAAAAAAAAUUAAUUUAUUUUAAUAUUAAAUAUUUUCUAUCUUCCUACUUUAUUUAUACUUAAUUUAAAGGAAGACAUUAAAUUAUCCAUGAUCGACAAUUAUACAUAUUUCGACGAACAAUAAUUGAUAUCAGAUGAAACUUGUGGCAAUACUGCUAAAUAUUUUUGUACAGUAACAAUUUGUCAGCAGUUUCGCGACACGUAUUGUCAGCAUAUAAUAUAUUAAACGUCUUCCACUGACAAUUUAAAACUUGUGUGACAAUCUAAAAUUGUUGUAUUCCCUAUUUUUAUUAUGCUCCUUCGUAAAUUAUUAUUUUUGUAAUAAUAUAAUAUCAUUUUGUUAGCAAAUAUAAAUGUUACGCGCGACGGUAUAGUGUGAAAGAUACUAAACAUUUUCAUUUUAUAAGAAACAUUUUUUUUUAUUCGU